AUUGGUUGUCAUAGUACAGGUGUUUGGUUUCGUUUCGUCUGUUGACUCCCGUUAGUUGAGUUGGUUGUUUGUCAGUGUUAUGUUGUUAUUGUAAUUUUCUAUGUUAGUAAUGUUGCAGUUUUUGAUUAUAAUUAUCAUUUGAUCGAUAAUCACUGACUUUUGAAAUUUAUUUUAUUAUUUAAAACUUUUAAUUUUAUGAUGGACGUUUUACCAUUUACUGAUCCACAGUUGCAGGCUGGCACAGUUGGCUCAUGUUUCCUGUUACAACCAGCAAUUAUGUGGCUACUAGAACAGAAAGUAAACUUUUGAUAAAUGAUGUUGUUUCCUGAUAAGAACUAUUGAGGCCAUUUGUUUGUCAAGAGUGAGAUUGCUGCAGAAAAUAUCCAUGAUAAUUCUAGUGAAAUAUGUUGAAUCAUUUGAAUUAUUUAGUAACCAUUACAUCUAACAGAGUGAUACUUGUUCCAAAAUUAGAACUUGCGAUUAACAGCUUGCUAGAAGCAGCUGGGGACAAAGAUGACACAGUCCGGGCAACAGUAUCUGCCUCCCUGCGCCGGUUGGCCAAGAAAUAUGCAGUACACGUUCUGCAGUGUGCUGUCGCCUAUCGCCAGAAAAAUCCUAAGCUCAGUGCCGGACACCUGGUCGCCAUACUUACUGCGAUGGAGCACAUCUGCGAGGAACAAGUAGAUGAUCUGGACGACAACACUACCAAGCAGCUGGUUAUGUAUUGUGUGGAGGAGAUGACUAAAUGUGCCGAGUACCUGCCUUCCAUCCAGUUCCCUGUCUCCAACAUGCUGGUGGCCCUUGGACAGAAGAACUGCUCCAUUGUGAUGGGCGGGCUGGUGACCAAGCUGGAGAUGAAUGUUGUGCCCCACUACACUGUUCUACAUACCAUGGCUAAUCUGGCCUCUGCCAAUGUGGCUGGCUUCGUACCUUUCAUCAAGGCUACCCUGGAUAUGAUCCUGCCGUUGCUUAGUUCAAUCCGGAACGAUCCCAUCAGGCAGGUCUUCUCCUUUGCUCUGGGAAAGUUCAGUGAAGCGGUGUUGGAGUAUCUGAGCACACAGCAGAACAAUGAACAAGGAGACAUUACAGCGAGUGUUACCAGGGAAGCCUUCACCGAUGAAAUCACCACAGCCUACGAGAUUCUCUUGACGUCUUGGCUGCAGUCUCGCGAGUCCAAGAUUGUGGAGAAUGUUGUGGUAGCGGUGGGGCCCAUGUUUCCUUUGGUGGACAAAGAGAAACAAGCGGAGUAUGCUACCAGAACCAUUACAGUGCUCCUGUCUAUGUACCGGAGGACUCAGGUGAUAAGCCAGUACCCGGUCACACAGUGUCUGGCCUCCAUACUGCAGGCCGCACCUUCCUCGGCUGUCGAACCCUUGUUCGAUCAGCUCAUCUCUGUCUUGGGAGCCAUGGUUGUCGUAACUCUGGACUAUACAAAUCCACAGACUGUCAAGAAUCACAGUGAGGUGCUCAGGUGUUAUGACAGGUUAGGCUUUCACUUUCCCGAGCGGAUGGCUGAUGUGUUGGUGAAGCAGCUGACCACUGGCUCGGAGAAAGAGAGGGUGGAAGCUCUGGUGGUGGCAGCCCAUCUGCUGGCAGGGUCAGAGAAUGUGUUGCAGCCGCGGGUACAUGACAUCACGAUAGCCAUGCGACUCCUGCUGUCCGUCAACUCUGUUCGGAUAAAAAAAGCACUUUUGAAAACGAUAGUGUCGCUGGCUUGUAGAGGAAAUGCAGAGGAUGGUUCGGACUUUGUGGAAUUCCUGGUGCGACAUUGUUGUCCAAGCAAUAUACAAUCUGGUCCAGACUGGGAGGAGCUGAAAGCCAUGUGCUCUAGCACAGUGUAUUUGCUGAGUAGUACAGUAGCUGAGGUAGAAACACUGCUGUGGUCUGUACUGCUCAGGCUGCUACUGCUGCCAGAGUACGACCCGGCUUGUGCCACCAUCGCCCGCUCUCUGGCUCAUCUGGCUUCCAAGCGCAACAGCCAAGACUCCACCAAGAACGGUACAGGGGUGCCAAGUCCUCCUGCUGUGUUUGCACGAUGUAUGGCUCUUCUGGGCAGUCCACUGAAUAAUAAUCGUGGUCCCUUCCUGCUCAAUUUCCUGAUGCACUAUGCAACAAACCUGCAGCCUAUUCUAUCCAAGAUUUGGACCCACAAGGUCCCACAGCUCAUCAACUAUCUGGAGGUUUCAGAGUGGUCAGAAACAGAGUGGGAGGCACUACUGCUGGAGUUUGUGUCGUCAUCGCUGCAGACAGUGGAGAGUGAGGACUUUGUGAUUCUGGUAGCCAGCCAGUUCAGCGCCCAGCUGCCCCUAUACCCCCCUGCCGCUGUAGACGAGCGAGCCAUGCUGCUCAAGUGUCUGGCUCUGGCGUCCUGCAACCUUACUGACCGACAGAUCAUCAGCUCCCACCUCGAUGUCAUGCUCACACCUCUCAGGCACUACACUCCAAACGACAGUAAGGCCUGUGCCAGGGCAGUUGGUCUGCUGUCCAGAAUCCAUCUGAAUGUAGUGUUGACCCGGCUGGAGUCCCUGACCCACAGUGAGUUGAACCGUCGAUCCUCCCGACUCCUGGGACUCAUGAAGGACACUAGAGCUGACUUGGAGGUAGAGAGAGCCCGUAUUACACUGUUAAGAUGUUAUGCGGAGGUGGCAAACCAGGCGCCCCCCUCAUCCCUGCUGCCUCAUCUGGAGGAUGGCCUCAUGACUUGGCUCAUCAGUCAGCUGUCUCAAGCUAAGGAAUCUGCAGCACGUGAAGCUGCCCUGUUCACGAUUGCCAACAUUGCAGACACACUAGACCGUCAUCGAGAUACCUACUCGGAGAACCUCAAGUCCCGAGAUCAGCUGCUGACCACCCUGCUGAGCCUGAUACAGAACUCUCCUACUCCUGAACCCCUGAUACUCAGGGUCACAGCUGCCAUUGUUAAGCUUCCACCUGAGUUGACACCGGAGGUGAGAUCCACUCUGCUGAAGACUUGUUUUGAUCGAGUAUUUUCUGCCGAGGUCAGUGAGAACAGUGUGGAGGAGAAACCACCGGACAGCAGCCCUCUCAUGAAGAAUUUAGGGAUCCUAGUGGAAGAGUUGCUCAUCGAUGACGUGUCUCCUGCCACUCUGGAUGAUAUCUCGACAUUACUAGAGCCUUGGCUGGUUCAGCGCAAUAUACAGCAGAGAGCGGCAGCUGUGUACGUCCUGCGUAUAACUCUACAGGCCUACUACAACCACAUGACGUUCGGAUACGAAGUGAGCCACGAUUUAAGUAACCAAGAGAUAUAUAUGUGGAACUAUAUUUUCCAAAAUCUAAUGAAGACAAAGACUCCUGAAAUCAACUUUGUAAACCCAAGCAAGUUCAGUCAAGCUGGGAUGCUGCUGGCACGCUCAGUGCUACGGUGUCUGGACGAGGAGGGGUUGGUGCGUGCAGCCGCACUCGACUGUGCUAAACUCAUCCUGCUUAUCACUGCCAAGUAUGAGGGGCACUCGGUAGGUGACCCGGAGCUAGAACAGGCAUUCGCAAGCAUGUCCAUCAGCGACUCUAACAUCAACGAACAGCUGGCUCGGAUAGUUGCCAGCAAGCUACCCCACUAUCAGCUGUACCACUUUGCAGACACUGUACUGCAGGGGCUGUCAGACCUGGAGCCUGCCAAUGUGGACUCGGUCAGUGACAUCUUGGUCCACUUCUUCCAGGCAAAGGGUAGUGAGCUGUACCACCACAUCAACGAUAUCUUGGCCCUGCUGUUAGUGCGGUUGGCUGCCCUGAACCCCAGCAGCCGAGUUGGUGCUGUAAGGACAGUCCUGCACCUUGCCAGACAUCACCCCAAGGCUGUGGUCAACGUACUACUGGACCAGCCUUUGCCACUGCACAUGAGUGUGUGUGACUGCUGGAAGGUACUAGCUGCAGACUCAGCUCUGGCUGCGGACAUAUCCUCACAGUUCCUGCGACUUAUGAAUUCCACCCCUCUGCUCAACGAUGAUGCUACCGUUCCCAACAAGGAUAGACCCAGAGUUGCAGCUCUCCUGCCAUUCGCGGUAGUGUCCGCUCUGCGAGAGAUGAUGCUGGUGGCAUCCAUGCGUGACCUGACCAUGGCCCACUUCCCAGAUCUGUUUGCACUCAACCUGACUGUUCUCGCAGCCUAUGUCGGGGUCACCCCGCCUGUGUAUAGUCCCGGCUCAAACAAGUCUGCCUUCAUCCCCAACCGGGAGGCUUACAAGAUAAACCCGGCCAGGGUGGCUCAAGAAAGUCUCAAGAACUUCCUGCUGUGUGCUGGAUGUGACGCUGCUGCUGAAGCUGUCCUGGAGUGUUCUCAGAUAGACCUGAGCAACAGUCCUGACUACUUUCUCGCCAUGAUGCCUUCUUUGACCAGAGCUAUAUGUGAGAACCUUGGCCACAUGUUACCCAAGAUAUUGACAGCCUUAGGCCAAUACAGCAGCAGUCCACACGAGGCACAGAGAGCAGCCGUCACAGCAUUCAACGUUGAGUGCGUACAGAUGCAGUGUGCAGGCCAGUCUGUGCUGAUAGACAGUGUGCUGAGCAACUUGCUGAGUUCACUGACCGAUCCGUCUGCCCUGGUGCGGAGACUUAGCCUCAAGGGAUUGGCCAACAUCUCGUUCCUUGACUCCCAACAGCUUGCUAUGUGGGACCACUGUUCACACGUAAUGAAGGAGAGGCACUCUGAGAGUGUGCUGGAGGCAUUGAUACAAGGACUGGACGACCACGACGCAGAAUGUCACAGUGAGGUUGCUCUGCAGGCCAUGAUGGGGCUGUCUCAGGUGCUGCCGAGCGUAGAGCAGUCUCAUGUACGAGAUAUCCAGGUGGCCAUCGCACUCCGCGUCAAGCCAUUCUUCGAGAAGGAGAAUGUGGAGCUGCGUACCACGUCGCUGAGGCUGCUGGGAGAGUUGGCAGUGACAGGGGGCAGUGCUCUGCCAGGCUUCCAGGAUCAGAUCAAGGCUUGCCUGGUCUGUCUGCUUAUGCAUCUUUCUGACAUGGAGAUGUCUGUUGUUAAGGCCUGCAAGUUCAGCCUGCGAGCAGCUACCAAUGUUCUUGAAGCAGAGAAAACUAAGGCUAUGAUGAACCAACACCUGAUCGAUGAUGCCAUGUUGCAUUAUCAGCAGUUCAUCACCGAUCUCGCAAAACUCAUGGUGGAGGAGAUGGCGGAUCAGAUUCCUAUAAUGAUCACGACCGCACUCACCUACGGCAAAAGUGCUUGGGCUCCUAUCAGGGCGAGCUCAGCUCUCUUCAUUGGAGCCCUUUACAGCAGUUCUCCGAGCUAUGUACGUGAGCGUGUCUCCUUGGAGGCUGUCACGCUGCGUCUGCUUCAGCAGAUCAAAGAUCCGGAGAAAGAGGUUCGUAGUUCUGCCGCUCAUGCUUUCUCUCUGCUCUUCACCUCACCGACAUAACUCUCUUCUCAAAUACAUGUGAUCUACUAGACAUCUUCCAGUCACCGCUGUACUACAAAAAGUGUAUUAUUUUCCUGAAAUGAAAACCGUAUUUAUGAUCAUGUAGAUUGUUUACCACUUCAAGAUGUAUUACUUUAGUGUUCAUAAACUUUCAUUAACUGUCAUCCAUUCAACUAGUCAUUACAAAGAUUUUAAUCAUGCUGUCAAUGUUUAAUGUAAGUUUUACUUUGGUGAGAUAUUUAUUUUUAUAUUAGUUUGUUUUUAUUUUAUUAAUAUUCGUUAUCUUGAAUAGUAAUUUUUAUUCUGAAGUAAUCUAUAGUAUAUAAUGAGAAGUUUUAUUACUGUGGUUUGAAAAUAUGUAUGUAGUUUAAAACUGAUUAGUUGUUAAUUUUUACCGUCUUGUUUUAUUGUUAAUGCAGUGUUUGAUUUGUGAUGUUUGACAUUUUGUUAUCUUGUGGUUAUUUUAUAGGUAAUGCAACUUUCAGCUGCUAACAUAACGGUUAUAUUAAAUUUAUGAAUUGUAUGAAAUAUGUAUAGGAAUUCAAAAAGUAACAAUAAAAUCUAUUUAUUAUAUAAUGUA